AUGCCUCUCAAAGAGCCUGAGUACUUCGCAUCCCCGGAAUCAUAUAACUGGCUCGAUGCCAUGUCUGGGGAUAAAUCUUUCAUUGAUCCAAGGACUUACGAAGUCCAUGAAACUGCCUGGAUGCAGUAUCCGGCUCGCUGGAGCUCCAGGCUUGCCCGUUGCAACCUUGCAAAAUUAGAAGGUCGAAGCAACAACAAUUUUGUUCAAAAAUGGGUGCAGAAAACUGUAUCCAUCAAGGAAACAGUGGGAUACGACCCGGUCCCAGAUUUCGAAAGCGAAAUAGAAGACGCUUACUCCGACUUGGAGGACUUGGCGGAACUGAAACGCAUGUUCCCGAUCCAACUGGAGGCUGUUCCUCCUUUCCCCAAACAAAGUCAGUGGGGCAAUAGUCUGUUCGCGACACAUAUGCAGAUACAUGACAACCAGCUUUUACAUGGCUGCAGCUCGCUUCAGACCUCUGACAGUGAGCCUCAUACGGCCAGUCAGCCGUACUCCGAGACGACCAGCGUGGUUGUAUCUUCUCUCUCAAAAUCCCAGGUUAUUCAUGAUGAGCUUAACAUUGGAAAGCUCAUCAUGGACAAGCUGCGACAUAGUGUUGUCCGUGGCAGAGAGGCUUACCGAUCACUUCAUGGUUUAAUGAGUUAA